GUCCGUCACGGAAAUUCGUCCGAGUAGAUACCCCCGAACAUGUGGGAAAGCGUUUUUAACCUGUUUAUGACAGAACAUAACGUACAAAUUCAUGAUUUGGAAGUCCGGCAGUUAAUCGCUUCGGAGGAAAUUAUUAGUUGGCAGUCUAACUAGAGCUAAUGUAGUGCAUGUGGAAGGCAAGCAAGCAGCAUCUAGAUCAUCGAGAUAUAAAAUCUGAAUACAGCAGUAAAUACAAACAAGCCCGCACGAAUGAGUCUGUUGCCCAGAACCGCCGAUGAGUUCAGCUCGGCGGACUACUGGGAACGUUUCUUCCGCAAACGCGGAGAAAAAGCUUUCGAAUGGUAUGGGGACUAUAACUCACUCUGCGGCGUGCUUCAUAAAUAUAUCAAGCCCCGGGAGAAGGUUUUGGUAGUGGGCUGCGGCAACUCAGAGCUGAGCGAGCAGCUGUAUGAUGUCGGCUACCGUCACUUAACCAACAUUGACAUCAGCGAGACAGUUGUGUCUCAGAUGAGCCAGCGAAACGCGCGACGCCGGCCGGACCUCACCUUCCAGCAGGUGGACGCCACCCAGAUGUGCUACGAGAGCGGCAGCUACCAGGCUGCUCUGGACAAGGGCACCUUGGAUGCCAUGGCUUCUGAGGAGGAGGGCACCCUGGCGAGCCGCAUGCUGGCAGAGGUGGGCAGGGUUUUGGCGGCGGGGGGUCGCUACGUCUGCGUGACCCUAGCCCAGGAGGAUGUGAUCAGGCUGGCUGUUGAGCAUUUCGCUGGGGCCGGCUGGGCCGUGCGGAUCCACUGCCUGAACCAGCGCGGCGGGGACGCCGACCCUUCGGCAUUUGCCCUGCCCAUCUUUGUUCUUGUCUGCACCAAGUUCCGUCAGCCACCCCCUUUUGCAGUGCUGGAGAUGUGCCAGGGGGAGGAUGGCGCCCCCAGCAGGUUGGCGACGGUCCCCGAGCUGCUGGCGCGGGUGAAGGAACGGCAGGCGUAUGCCCUCAUGCUCCAGAAGAUGAGGGGUGGCACAGACGCUAGCAGUACGCCAUCCCUCACACUGUGUCACGCGUCCAUGGGCCAUGCCCGAUACACGCUCACGGUCCAGGACAGUCCGCCUUCUGCCAAGGUGCCCCCUGCCAACCACUUUGCCAUCUUCAUUGUUCCUCAGGGUCAUGAGUCCGAUUGGCUGUACGGCUCUGCCGAGGGGCGCGCUCAGCUUGCCUCCGGUGCCAAGUUCCGCCGCCUGAUCGUCGUGGCGAUGCACCGGGACCAGGAAUAUGCAGACAUGGCAGCGGUGCAGGCCGAACUCUCUCCCAUGGUGAUGGAGCUGGCUCCACCUGGAAUGCCACCCAAUCAACAGGUGCCAUUCUUGUCUGUAGGAGGUGACCUGGGCUGGAGGGAGGUGGUUGCUCGAGGGGUCAGUGGCCUAACGGGGGAGUACUCUGUGGAGGAUGUCCGAGGAGAGGACGGCCAUCUCUACCGCAGGCUGGUCUUUAUGAACAACACCCAGCUGGUGCAGUCUGAAAGCCGCCUUCAGUCCUCUGCCGCGGCCUCUACUGCUCAUAAAAAGAGAAGCAAGAAGAAACCCAAACCCUCUGCUUCUGAUGCUUCUGCAUGCAGGGUCAAAGGUCAGAGUGUAGACAGAGGCUUUCUCUGCUGUACUCACCACGAGGUGAUGGUCGCAGGCCUUUCUCUGCUGGGGACAGAGGUGAUCAGUGAUAGAGACGUGCUGGUGUCUGUGUUGGUGGUGGGGCUCGGUGGGGGAGGCCUGCCACAGUUCGUGCGGGACUUUGUGCCUGGAGCACAGGUGGAGGUGGUGGAGCUGGACCCAGCCGUCCUGGACGUGGCGAAGACUUGGUUUGGGCUGCAGACAGACGACAGACUGAAGGUCGUUCUGGGAGACGGUCUGGAGCAUAUCAGGGCCCUGCAGAGCCAGGGGGGACAUUCCUAUGAUGUCAUCAUGUUCGAUGUUGACAGCAAGGACCCCACUCUGGGCAUGAGCUGCCCACCGCCUGCCUUUGUUGAAACAUCCCUACUGGAAAAAGUCUGCAAACUGUUAACCCCUCGAGGAGUGUUUAUGUUGAACCUGGUGUGCCGUGACUCCGUGCUGAGGAAGUCGGUGCUGGAGCGCUUACACACUGUCUUCUCCACCGUGUUCUCUCGGCCUAUCGAGGGCGAAGUCAACGAGGUGCUGCUGUGCUCCAGGGCUGGAGGUCAAGGAGACAAAAGCUCUGCUGUCCCAAAAGAGCUGCCACAGGCUGCCAAGAGCCUACAGGGGGCACUACAGAAGCAGUGUCACACUGCCCUCGGCAACCCCCAAAUAGACAUUUCUGCGAUGCUAAAGGACCUGCGGGUAGCUUGAACAGCUUCUCUGUGUGUGUGAUGAAGAUGAUGAGAUGGAUGGAAAUUGAAACAUAAAAAAGUGCAUAGAGAACUG